AAAUUUCCAGUGUGCACGCCGGUAAAAUAACAGACGCGUAUGUUGCUAAGUCAAAAAUAAUUAAAAUAGAAAGAAGCGAAUAUAAUAGAUUCAUUUGUAUAUAGAUUUAUAUCGCAAUUUGUGUCCGUGAAAUUUGAAUCAUGAAAUAAGGUUAAAUUCGUAAUGUUUAAGAGCUUUUUUGUAGAUUGUGACUUCGGGAAGAGCAAACAGGAAGACUCGUUGAAUAUCCAACAACAAUAAGUAGCUGCCGUGUGGGCAAUAUGGAUCUGCUGUGUUCGGAGAGCCUUGUUAAUGAUUCCGAACCGUUAUACCACUUCAAAACCUAUCCACAUCAUCAUCAACAUCAGCAGCAGCAGCAGCAACAACAAAAAACAAAACACAAGCACCACAGCAAUAGUUGCUCCUCCUCGUAUUCGUCUUGUUCAUCGGCAUCUUCGUCGUCCUUCUCAACGGUCACUGGUGCUUGUGAAAACUGUGAUGCCGAUGCCGAUGUCGAUGCCGAUGCAGCGGCUAGCAUAACAAACUCCUCCAACUCAUCCUCAAAUCGAAUGAGCGAACGUGACCGUGCCCUAGUUUUACUGUAUACCGGAACGGAUGCAAUCGACACAACAGGAGGGACAUCAGAUGUCUUACUCCAUCACCAGCAACAUCAAACGCAACAGCAGCACCAUCAACCACCUCAUGGCAACUCUCAAUCACAGGAGCAACAGCAACAACUUGCUGCAACCACAACGAGCGUCAUUAGAGAGUUAACCACAUCGGCACAGGCACCCUUUAUUAGUUUGCAGUAUAUCAACAAGUUAGACAAUGUCAAUACUGCCAUCAUGGAUCCCACCUUCAACUCGGAUAGAUGUUUGGAGAUUGCUUUGAAGGCCGAGGAGAAAUACCAGCACAUAUCUGCGGCAUAUUUCGUCACCGUGCAGAGGGAUAUUACGCCGGCUAUGCGUAAAAUUGUUGCCGAAUGGAUGAUGGAAGUAUGCGCCGAAGAAAAGUGCCAAGAAGAGGUUGUGCUAUUGGCCCUGAACUACAUGGAUCGAUUUCUAUCGAAUCCAAAUGCCAAAUCAAUUCGCAAAACCCAAUUGCAAAUCCUAGCUGCCGCAUGUCUGUUGCUUGCUUCAAAGCUGCGUGAGCCCAGUUGUCGUGCACUCUCCGUUGAUUUGUUGGUUGUGUAUUCGGAUAAUAGCAUUAAUAAGAAAGAUUUGAUUAAAUGGGAACUGUAUGUACUCAGCCGUUUGGGUUGGGACCUUUCAUCGGUUACCCCUCUGGAUUUUCUAGAACUUUUAAUCAUACGUCUGCCAUUGAGAAAUAAUACAUCAAAGGUCAGGCAACAUGCUCAGGCUUUCAUUUCGCUGGCAGCCAAAGAGCAUCAAUUCACAAAAUAUCCAGCUAGCACUAUAGCCGCAUCGAGCAUUGCUGCUUCAAUGAGCGGUUUGAAAUUACACUUGCGCUCUGGUUGUAGUUUAAAUUAUUUUUUAGGCGUUUUAACGGACUUAACCAGUGUUGAGCAGGAUCAGCUGCAAGAGUGUAUGCUUCAAAUGGAAGCAAUUUUUCAAGAACAUAGUCGCAAACUGGAACCUUAUCUCGUGGGGAUUGAGCAGCAACAGCAGCGAACGCAAAAUGCUUAUUACUAUUCUCAGCCACAUCAAUGUCAACAGAUGACGCACUCAGUGGCAUCUGCAGCAUCCGCCGCUGGGCUAGAUCUAACACAGACAUGCAAGAUGCAAGCGCAGACACAGACUCAAGGUGAGAUGCGCGCCGACGCAGACUCAAGGUGAGCUGCUGCACAGGAUAUAAAGGCAUAUAAAGCAGUUCAGUUACGAUCUUUCUCCCCCACUCCUCCUCCUCCUCCUACUACCCAACCACCCCACCCGCGCCGCCGCAUUAAAAGGCCCCAUACCUAAAACACACGUACAUACCUCAGAUGCCUCGCUUAUGAGCCAAUGUACUGCUAGGCUUGUUUAUGGACUGCGCCCGCAGGCAGCAGACAAGCUCGUUUAUCACAAUAUAUAACUAUUAAGUUGGUAUGUAAAACUACAUACAUAUAUACAUAUGUCUGUUCUUUGAAGGCCGCCCACCACUAACCACUUCCCACCCGCCACGACAAAUAUCAAAAUUUACAUGUACACAUAUUGGUGUAUAUCUAUCUAUCGAGUGGUGGGGUGGGGUGGGGAGGACGGUGUGUGUGUGAAAGGACAGAUCGCCAAAUACUACUAAAUCAGUUAGUAACACAUCAAAUCAAUUAAUUGAAAUCCCUGUUUUUUAUAAUAGUUAUACAUAUACACAUAGCUAUA